UGGCCGAUUGUUGUGAUUGUCACACGUAAUUCUUCUUCAGAUGCUCCCUCGCUGUUUCGGGUCCCAUCUAUACAACGUGCCAGCAUGUCGCCCUACUUUGGCCUGCGAGGCUCGCAAUUGGAACGUGCCGUCAUGUGGCUCGUUGUCUGUCCGGCAUUCGUGUGCUAUGGCUAUAACCAGGCCGUCACCGGCGGCUUGCUCACCCUCGAGUCGUUCGUCAAAACCUUUCCGCAGAUGAACACGCUCACCACGACGGGCGCGCAGCAGAACUAUAAUUCAACUAUCCAGGGCACGGUCGUCGCCCUCUAUACCGUCGGUGGUAUUUUCGGCUCACUGUCAUGCAUCUACCUGGGCGACCUCCUGGGUCGCCGGUGGGUCAUCUUCCUCGCAUCCGCCGUGUCCAUGAUCGGGGCUAUUCUCAUGGCGACUUCUUUUGGCUUGGCCCAGUUCAUCGUCGCUCGACUGGUGUUGGGACUGGGCACUGGCGGCUAUGUUGCCACGGUCCCGGUGUGGCAGGCUGAAAUCUCCCGACCCAGCAAACGAGGCGCCCACGUGGUAACGGAUGGUAUCUUCAUCGGCGCGGGGAUCACCAUCUCGCUGUGGAUCGACUUCGGCUUCUACUUCGUGACGGGGAGCUCGGUGUCCUGGCGGUUCCCGCUGGCUCUCCAGGUGGUGUUGUCGUUGAUGGUCAUGGCGUUUGUGAUGGUGAUGCCCGAGUCACCCCGGUGGCUGCUCAAGCGCGGCCGUCCCAAGGAAGCCAGCGAGAUCCUGGCCGCGCUAGCAGACGCCGACCCCGAGAAUGCCGCGAUCACGCUGGCCGUGCGCGAUAUCGAACGGUCGCUGGCGCUAACGGGUUCCGGCUCUUGGAAGGAUCUCCUAAGCAUGGGGGAACAGCGCCUGUUCCAUCGCGCGGCUCUGGCGGCUACAGGCCAGAUUUUCCAGCAAAUGUGUGGCAUCAACUUGAUUACUUUUUACGCUACAACCAUCUUCGAGCAAUAUCUAGGGCUAGACGCGCUACAGUCACGUGUUCUAGCCGCCGCCAUGUGCCUGACGCAGCCGCUAGGGGGUUUCCUGGCCUUCUUCACAAUCGACCGGCUGGGCCGUCGGGUGCUGAUGCUAUGGAGCGCAGCGGGGAUGUCGGUAUCAAUGGCGAUCCUGGCGGGCACGACAUCGCUGCCGGACAACACGGCGGCGCUGGUUGUAGCCGUGAUCUUCCUUUUUGUUUUCGAGUUCAUCUUUACCGUGGGCUACUCCGGCCUCACGUUCUUGUACGCGACGGAGGUGGCGCCGCUGCAGCUGCGGGCCGCUAUCAGCGCGGUGUCGACGGCGGCGGUGUGGACCUUCAAUUUCUUAUUAGCCGAGGUGACACCAGUGGGCUUCGACACCAUCUCGUGGCGGUACUACAUCAUCUUCGCCGUGCUGAAUGCGGCGAUCGUGCCGACGGUGUAUUUCUUCUUCCCGGAGACCAACGGGCGGUCGCUGGAAGAGAUAGACGAGAUCUUCAUGCAGUCGAAGAGUGUGCUGGACCCACCGCGCCUGGCGCGCACUUUGCCGCGCAUGCUGCACGUGGCGGAUGUGGUCGAUGAGACCGAGACGGAAUCCGGGGGGGAGAAUGGUAAUGGUAAAGGAAAGAUGUGACGAGGCGUUUCAACUGGAGGACCUUGUCGUACCUGUCUACGCGAGAUGUUCGUGAUGUAUCUACCUAUAGCCCGAGGACAGUGACUUGGCCAUGCAUAAUUGGUUCAAUAUACCGAACGACCCGAAAAGAGGCGUUCUUCGAUACGAACUCGAAGGAUGAACGAUAACUUUAACGAGAAUUGUCGCACCAAAGAGAAAGUGGAGCACGGGCGGAACAGACCCGCAACAACACCCUGAAGCCGAAGUCGCCAAUGAGAUGUCUACAAUCUAUCUCGUCCCUGUGAGCAUUGGCCCCCAGUGAUGAGCCGUGGUCUGAGGAGUACAGGAGUACGUCCAUUCACCCCAAGUUCGAUCUCUACUUGCAAGAACAAAAACAAAAAUAAAAACAAAAACA